CAAUGCGACUCUGUUGGCUCACGCACGCGCACGCACGCAGGCAACUUGCACGGCUGCUGUCAAUGGACCGUUUGAGAAGGAUCUCAAAUUCUCAAUCCACGACAACGCCGCGCAGGGAAGACCAGGAACGAGAAACGCUCUGUGGAUGUAUUGUGGGGUUGUUGUUUUUUUUUUGUUCCUCCCCACCGCGAAGGUUUUUUUGGGUGACCCAGUGAGGAACAUGUGACGGUGCGUGGAAAAGAUGUCAACGACGAAUUAAUUGAAUCCGGAAGUGGAUUAAUUCGUUUUAAUGAGAGUAGAGCAGCCCGGAGCGAGGUGAUUAAUCGCGUGACUUUUAGCCCGUUUUGCGUGUCUUUAUCACACUUUAAAGCCACUUUAGUGCCAUUUUCCAGCAUCCCCCCCCCCCUCCACCCCACAUGGGAUCGUAACGAAGUGACCCCCCCCCCCCAUCACCCACACCCCCAAAACCUGACCCCCCCCCCCCAACCCACACCACCGAGGUUUCCUUCCAAGCCAAGCCCAGCUAGCUGGAGCCCCUUCGCCCCGGAUGGGAGAGGCGUCCCCGGCUCAGUCCGCCGCCGGCGCCUUCACACCCAUGCUGGCCGUCGGCAGAGGCUCGGCGGUGCCGCAGCUCCACAGCGCCAUCGUGGAGCGCCUCCGCGCCCGGAUCGAGCUGUGCAGGCGGCACCACUCCACCUGCGAGGAGCGCUACCUCCGCGGCCAGGCCGAGAGGGCGGACCGGGAGCAGGAGAGGACGCUGCGGCUGCUCGACGUCGCGCAGCAGCGGGGGCAGGCCACGGCCACGGCCGCCGGGGCGCGCAGGAGCAAGGGCGGCCGCGGGGCUGCCGGCCAGCCGCCCCCGGAGUACGGAGAGCGCGGGGGCGCGGAGGGGGACCACAAGAUGUCCACGCGGAUCGCGCUUCAAGGAUCCUUACGGAGGAAACUGGAGGGACAUGCCCCCAAGCAGAACUGCGUCUCCGACAAUUUCUCUGGAUCCGACUUCAAACGAGUCCGGUUAGAGGCCGACGGCGGUCUGGGACCAGGCCCCCGCAACCACACCUUAAGCCACGCCCACUCCUUGCAAGUUUCCCCGGCUCAGCAGAGGAAGAACUACGUGAUGCCGGACGUCUUCAACGUGACCCUGAAGGAGAUGAAGAAGGAGCCCGUGGAGGCUCAGUUGUCAUGCGACCGCUCCCACGCCGACGCCAUGUUUGACUUCAAGGACGAGGGUGGCGGACAGAUCGACCCGGAGCUGCAGGAUCUUUUUGACGAGCUGACCAAAUCUGUGCCGCCCCUCAACGACCUGGAUUUUGAGAAGAUGCUGAAGCAGGAUGACACUUUCGGCCUGGACCUGGGGCGUCCCAGCUCGGUAGGCCUGUGCUCCCCCAUGGAGAGGCCCAUCAAGAUGGAACAGUCAUCGGAUUACGUGCAAGUCAACGGGGGCUCGUCGCAGCUCCGACCGGCCUCGGCGGGGCCCUCGUUUGCGUUGACCGCCUCCACCGCCUGUACCCCCACCACGCAGAAGGCCAGCAUGCAGGCAGGACCCCCCAGGUCCCUGCCCUGCUGGCCGGAGAUCUCCCACGCAGAGCAGCUGAAGCAGAUGGCGGCCAACCAGCAUCAGCCCAGCUCGCAUCUCCACCAACACCACCACGUAGCGCCCCCAGGUCUUACCGGUUGGGGCCCCAAAAUGGGUCCCAGCUUUCAGGACAAGGGGGCACGACCGAGACUCCCCCAGCAGAGCAAGGGCGUCACCAACUGCCUUUUCAAGUCCAACGGCGUCCAUCACGUGAAGAUGAAACCGCUCACCGCCAAACCCUCGCUACACUUCAGCCCCAAGCCGCCCUCCUCAGGCCACAUGAUGCCCCUGAUGGUGGGCAACAAAAGCACCAACCACCACCAGCUCCAACUUUCACCUCCAGACGCCCAGAACCAAACAAACCCGCCACCUCCUCUACUCCAUUUCCACAAUCAGCAACAGAUGCCAUCGUUGCCCACUCUGCUGCAAGGAGGAGAUCUGCCCUUCAAACUGAGCCAACAUCACCAGGGUGUCUCUUCUGGACCGCGACUACCCACGAACGGAAUUGUGGGCCAACCGCACCCACCGGUGCCCACCCACCGGCUGAAAGGUUCCGUCAAGUCUCCCGUCAUGCACAGACCGCUGAGCCAACCGCAGAGAGUCGUCAGCGCUUCAGACAAAGACAACUUACAAGAUCAAUUCAGCCGUCAUCUCAACAGGCCACCACCGGAUUAUAAAAGAAGUGUGAUGGGCGCGAAUGUCUUCCCAGGUGCAAAUCCAUCGCAGUCUUCCAGUGCUGGUUCAGAAAAGGCUCUUCAGUCCAUGUCCUGCCACCUUCCUGGUGUGUCUGCUUCACAGGUGAACUCGUCGGACCAGCGCUUUGACUGUCACCCCCCGUCCUGCAUCGGCCAAUUUCCAAAUCCCAACCGAAUGGCGCUGACCCAAAAUAAGACGAGAUUCUUGGCCCCCAGCGCGCAAGGGAGCUCCUUCGGGAUGACUAACGUAGCUUGCGGGCCGCACCCGAGGGCCGCAGCUGACCCGCAUUCCUCCAGGCUCCCGGGACAGGUGCCGGGGGCCAUGAUGGCCAACAUGAGCUGGUGUUCAGCCGGCGAGCCCUCCGCGGUCAGGCGCCAAGCCGGGGCCCUGGAGCCGCCGCCAAACCAUCAGUACCAACAGAGGGCCGUCGGACCUCCCAGUCAGGUGGCGCCGGACCUCCAGAUGAUGAUCAGGGACGCCGGGUCCAGACCGGCCCAGCCGCACUCUAACCAGCCCUCUCCGGAGCAGCGGGUCCCUGCUGCGGGUAACUUAGUCGAGGCCGCUUCCAGCAGCUACCAGAGUGGCCGCGCUAACCGCGUCACCUUUGAUUUCCUGCCCGAGGGAGACAACACCGUCCCGGGUAUUAACACGGACUCGGAUUUCAUCGACUCGCUGCUCAAGUCGGGUUCAGGGAACGACGACUGGAUGAAGGACAUCAACCUGGAUGAGAUUUUGGGAAGUCACGUGUGAGAGCGACCGCGAUUGAUACAUUUUGAAUUUCAUACACUCCAAAAUGUCUCCUUUCUGAGUAAUCCUAAGUGUUUUUAUUUUCUGUGAAAGGAAUACACAUCAAUUACUACACAUUGUCAUAUAGACCUUUUUAUGAUAAACAAUGAAAAAUACUUCUGGGUGGAUGAAAGUCAUUGACCACUGCUGACUUGAACUAAAAAUAAUUCAAACAAUUCGGGCUAACAUCACAGCUACCAUGCUGAUGUCAGCUAUCACAUUUACAAACAAUAAUUUUGGCGUCAAAAAUGUUUCAUUUAUCUGAGCAACAGAAAAAAAUGUUGUCACCCUUUUAACUGUUAACUGCAUCUGAAUUUCCACCGCAUCAGUUUUUUAAUCAACUUGUUACAAAAGAAAAAAAACAAAAAAAAAAAUUACCAGUUCACACAUUCAAAUUAUGAUGGUAAAGAAGAAGGUAAAUAUUAAUCAAGCAGUUUACUAUUCCCCCGAGUCGCUCAGCAUUGGUCAAAAGACUUGUGAGGUUUUGUGCAAUCUGAGUUUUAUUCAACCAGAAGUAUGUCAGGGUGAAAAGGUCUGUAGGAUUAAAAAAAAGAAAAAAUAAGUUCACACUGUGAAAAUGUUGUGGUGUUGCGUUCAUGUUCACACACAACAAACGUUUUUUUACUCGUUCAUGCUGUGUUUAUAUAAAUAUAUAUAGUGUGUGUGUGUGGUCAUUUUUGGAUGAUAUUUCAAUGAUGUUACCAUUGUUUCCCAUGUUCUAUUUAAUAAAUAUUGGGAUAUUAACAAGACAGUUCUGUAAAAUACAACGAAUAAAUUGAAACUUUUGACUACUUUUAAUGUAAUUUUUUAUAGUGAAAAUAUUGUUUUCUUCGUUAUAUUUCAAAAUGUUUUUUCCUCCCACUUAUGAACGUGUAUGUCUUUAACACAAGCCGGGAGAAAACACUUCGGCCACUGUUACAGAAUGCGGAAGUUAAUAAUUGUUGAAUAAUUUGACUUUAUCUAUGCUAGUGGAGGUCAGCUCAGCAAAUUUGUUUUUCAACGAGCUUUGUCCAAUAUUUUCAUUUUAUUUUAUAACUACAUAAAAAGAACUUUGUUGCAUAUUGCAACAGCAAAGCACAUUUAGAAUAUGAAAACGUGAGAAAUGCAAGAGUAACCCGGAAGUAGUAAAGGCUUAUUUUCUGUCACCGCUGGAGGUCAGUAAAGUGCUUGUCACCGAAACUCCAUCCUAUGGUCACGCGGAACAAGCCUCAACUGGUUGACGCCGCUGAGGGUGCUGGAGGGCAGUUGGCCACCUUGCUUCACAGGUGCACUCUGGGAGAUCCUCUGCUGGUUCAAGGCUGUAAAGACGGAGCGCAAGG